AAAAGAAUAUCAAAAAUAUCAAGAAUAUUUAAACAAAGUAAUUUAUCAAAUAAGAUAAAUAAAUAUGGUGUAUAACAAACAUAAUUGUAUUGUAUGGAUAGAUACAGAAUUAACUGGACUUCAAGUAGAAACAGAUACAAUUUUAGAAAUUGCUUGUUUAAUAACUGAUGAAGAUUUAAAUAUAGUGAGUGAAGAAUUUAAUAUUGUAAUUAAUCAACCAGAUGUAGUUUUAGAACAUAUGAAUGAAUGGUGUAUGAAUUUUCAUACGAAAUCAGGUUUGAUACAAGAAUCAAAAUAUAGUAAAAUUACUUUAAAAGAUGCAGAAGAAAUGUUGCUUAAUUUCUUGAAAAAAUAUAUUCCUCCUCAAACUUGUCCUCUAGCUGGUAAUACAAUUUAUAUGGAUCGUUUAUUUUUACUUAAAUUUAUGCCAUUAGUCAAUGAUUAUUUACAUUAUAGAAUUAUUGAUGUUAGUACAAUUAAAGAAUUAGUCAGAAGAUGGAAUUUAAAUAAAAGUGAAUGUAUACCAAAAAAAUGUUUACAUCAUAGAGCUCUACCUGAUAUUAAAGAAAGUAUAGAAGAAUUAAAAUAUUAUAAAAAAAAUAUAUUUAUGUCUUCUAUAUAAUGUAGUAAAUAAUUUUUUGUCUAAUUAAAUUUUUGUCUCCUAUAAAUAAACUUUAUUAUUUUAAAA